AAUGGAUAGGGCUAAAAAACUAGAGGAAAAACUUGAAGAGGUUAAGACAGUCUUUACAUAUACUAUUGACAGGUAUAAAGGCAUAAAAGUUGCCCAGGACUCUCUUCCUGACGAAAAGGCUACAUUCGAGGAUGAAAUGGACAAAUUUAUGGAUGAAUUAGUCAAGAAUAAGGCAAGGUCUAUCUGGAUCAGCAUUCCUAUUGAGAAAUCAUCCUAUAUCGAAGCUGCAGCUAGCCUUGGGUUCGAGUUUCAUCAUACUAAAGGAAGCGUGCUGGUCAUGAGCAAGUGGCUAGAUACAAGAACUGAAAGCAGGCUUCCAGGCUAUACAACUCAUUAUUGCGGAGUUGGAGGUUUUGUUCUGAAUGACCAUGAUGAAGUCCUGCUGAUCCAAGAGAGGAAUCCAUACGGUGGCACACCUUUCUGGAAGCUUCCAGGUGGUCAAGUUGAAGAAAAUGAGACUCUUGAACAAGCUGUUGUUCGAGAAGUUAAAGAAGAGACUGGAGUCGAUGCUAAAGUUGAAGGAGUUAUUUCGUUCAGAGAGAAUCCCCACUAUCUGUUUAAGACGCAUGACUUGUACUUCGUGUUUCUCAUGUCAUGAAAGAAGGAUGAGAACGUGAUUCAGAAGCAAGAAAUUGAGAUAGCAGAGUGCGAAUGGGUUCCUUGCAAAGAUUUGCCACGUAAACUCUCGCUUUUGUCUCCCAUGUUACAAAGGAUUACUCCUAUUUUUGAUCAAGAUCUUGAAGUAGCCGAGAAAGUGAUUGAUGGCUACAGACAAGAGGGAACCAAGCAAUCCAUGCUUAAUUUGAUGCUCAUGAACAAUAGGCCGUACACGUUCAGAGGGAGAUCACAAGAUAUGUAUCUCGGAAAAAUGAUAAGGGACUGCAUGCGAGCUGUCUCUAAAAUCUAAAUUCCCAAUUUCUCCGGAA